CGGGGCCUGGCAGCCGGGACGACCAUCCGGAGGAGAAAGAACAUGGCGGGUGCGGCAGGGCCCGGGACCGGCCCGGGGGCUGCGGGCGGAGAUGGAGACGAUUCGCUCUAUCCCAUCGCAGUUUUAAUCGAUGAACUCCGCAAUGAGGACGUGCAGCUCCGACUCAACAGUAUUAAGAAGUUAUCAACAAUUGCUCUAGCACUUGGGGUAGAGAGGACAAGAACUGAACUGCUGCCAUUCCUUACAGAUACAAUUUAUGAUGAAGAUGAGGUGCUGUUAGCUCUGGCUGAGCAGCUGGGGAAUUUCACCGGCCUGGUGGGGGGGCCUGACUUUGCCCACUGUCUGCUGCCUCCCUUGGAAAGUCUGGCAACUGUGGAAGAGACUGUUGUUCGCGACAAGGCGGUGGAGUCCCUGAGGCAGAUCUCCCAGGAGCACACUCCACUUGCUCUGGAAGCUCAUUUUGUCCCGCUGGUGAAACGCCUAGCAAGUGGGGACUGGUUCACCUCUCGCACAUCUGCAUGUGGUCUGUUCAGCGUUUGCUAUCCCAGGGCUUCACAUGCUAUCAAGGCUGAGAUUAGACAGCAUUUCCGUUCCUUGUGCUCAGAUGAUACCCCUAUGGUACGGCGUGCUGCUGCUUCCAAAUUGGGGGAAUUUGCGAAAGUUUUGGAAUUAGACAGUGUGAAAAGUGAAAUUGUUCCAUUGUUCACUACUCUAGCUUCAGAUGAACAGGAUUCAGUGCGCCUCCUAGCUGUGGAAGCUUGUGUCAGUAUAGCCCAGUUACUGUCUCAGGAUGACCUUGAGUCCAUGGUGAUGCCUACACUUCGACAAGCAGCAGAAGAUAAAUCUUGGCGUGUUCGUUACAUGGUAGCUGACAAGUUUUCAGAGCUGCAGAGAGCAGUGGGUCCUAACAUCACCCUGCACGACCUCAUCCCUGCCUUUCAGAACCUACUUAAAGAUUGUGAAGCUGAAGUCCGAGCAGCUGCUGCCCACAAAGUAAAAGAACUUUGUGAGAACUUGCCCAUUGAAGGUAGAGAGACCGUAAUUAUGAAUCAAAUUCUGCCCUAUAUAAAGGAAUUAGUAUCUGAUACCAAUCAGCAUGUCAAAUCAGCUCUAGCUUCAGUAAUUAUGGGAUUGUCUACAAUUUUGGGCAAAGAAAAUACCAUUGAACACCUUCUACCUCUGUUUUUAGCUCAGUUAAAGGAUGAGUGUCCUGAAGUUCGUUUGAAUAUCAUCUCCAAUUUGGAUUGUGUAAAUGAGGUGAUUGGAAUCCGUCAGCUUUCACAGUCUCUCCUUCCAGCCAUAGUGGAACUGGCUGAAGAUGCCAAGUGGAGAGUCCGGUUGGCCAUCAUUGAGUAUAUGCCACUGUUGGCUGGCCAGCUGGGUGUGGAAUUCUUCGAUGAAAAGCUGAAUUCUUUGUGUAUGGCCUGGCUUGUGGACCAUGUAUAUGCCAUCCGGGAAGCUGCCACCAACAACCUCAUGAAGCUUGUUCAGAAGUUUGGCACAGAGUGGGCCCAAAAUACCAUUGUUCCCAAAGUGUUAGUAAUGGCGAAUGACCCGAACUACUUGCAUAGAAUGACAACAUUAUUCUGCAUUAAUGCACUGUCUGAAGCCUGUGGUCAGGAAAUAACUACGAAGCAAAUGUUGCCCAUUGUAUUAAAAAUGGCAGGAGACCAAGUAGCAAAUGUCCGUUUCAAUGUGGCCAAAUCUCUACAAAAAAUUGGACCAAUUCUAGAUACCGAUGCUUUGCAGGGGGAGGUUAAGCCAGUACUGCAGAAGUUAGGUCAAGAUGAAGACAUGGAUGUCAAGUACUUUGCACAGGAAGCUAUCAGUGUUCUUGCGUUGGCAUAAUGAGGAACAGCAGGGAAAAGCCUUUAUUCAAUUUUUACUACAGAUUAUUAGUCAAUAUGUUCUUAAACUGGGUGGAGAAAAAAGGAAAACCUUCAAGAUCUCAUCCAAGCAAAUGGCAGCAACUUGGACGAAAUUCAGUGACUUGAUUCUUUCUAAAAAUGAAGUGGGAUUGUUUUUUCCUCCUCUUGCUUGUGGGGAUCCGUGUUUAAGCUGUGCUUCUAGACCAAUUCCUGACACUCAGCGCCAUCGUCUCUGUUGUCUCCUGAGCAUCCGGGAUCCUCCGUCCUCAGUGUGUGAUCAGGCCCUUCUUGCCGGGUAAUCCAGGGCCCGGAUAGCUUAGGGCCAGUCAUGGAGCACAGUGAUUUUCUUGAUGUUUACAUAUAUCUGUGUGUGAAUCUGUCAUACCAAAGUUAAACACACAUGGUUUAGAAUAACUUAGUGAACUGUGUUUGGGAGACAUAUUGAGAGCUGACUGGAGAGAAAGCCCUGUUUUCCUGGAUUAUGUUGGUCUGCUUCUGUUACUUACGUGAAAGGGGAACGUGGACGUUCAGGGUGGGGACACUGUUGGUUUUGUCUUUUAUUUGCUCAGUUUCGACUGUAAUCAUGUCAUUCAGAUGCCUCCAAUAUGGAUAUAUGUUUUUGCUAAAGUGUGAUGUUGAAAUCUAAGUGAGUUUUAAGGGCUCAACACUGACUGCAUUCAAAUAUCUCUUUCCUUGUGUCUCUCUCUUUCUCAGGAAACAUUAACUUCACUGUCUCCUUAUCAGUGCAAUUCUGUUUAUUGCUGGGUUGCACUUCUGUGUUUCUGAUGUGCUUGGGAGCCACUGGUGUAAUAAUUGUGUGGAUUUUCUUACGUGGCUCCGCUCUCCGCUGUGUGAGGGAUCUGGUCCUUGCUCUGCUGCACAGCAGCUUUACAAAAUGAUGUGUGUUUGCUAAUUUUUUUUGUUACGGGUAAUACUGGAAUCUUACCACUUUGAAAUGUUUUUCUACUUUCACAGUAAAACCUCAUUAAUGCCUUUUAGUAUUUAAAAUAAUGUGUUAAGCUGAAGAGUUUGCAGAGGCAAAAUAAUAGCCUGUAAGGAAAGCCGUUAGAACUGAGGAAGCAUUGAAGGUCUUGUUAACCAGCCUUUACGAGUCCCCGGCCGCCAAGGCCCAUCCUACGGUCGCAUCCCAGUGACUUCCGGGAGGAUCCCGGGCAGGCCAGGCUUUUUGUAGAGCACUGUUUACACUUGAGCCUUGAAAUACACACAUGUGCAUUUUAUGGGAAAUCUCAGUAUUUUUUCUUUUAAAUGGAUUUACAUUUUUCAUGUAAUCAAACUCCCAUUUUCUCUGACGAAUUUUAGUUAAUGAGGUUCUAUUGCGGCUUGUUUUUCUCUCAGUGUAUCUUAAUAUGUAGUUUGCUUGUUUGCAUUUUGGUUUUUGAGUUGUUGAUUUCAUUCACAACCUCUUUUAAAUCCAGACCCAGAGAUGCCUAGAGAACUUUGUACCUGAAGCAGUUAAUGUGAAACCAAGUUGGACUCAGUUUUUCCAAUUUUGCCUUAGCUUAGAAAAAUAGAACAGGACUGUGAUUACUCCCUCACCCCCUCUUGGAGAGACAAACACACACAAAGAGAGGCUGCUCAUGCUCCUGAGAGCUGGAGUGGCCGGGGCUGGGCCAGGUGGAAUCUGGGACCUCAGUCCAAGUCUCGCACAUCGCUGACAGGAACCCAGUGGUGGGAGCUGUUCCCGCUGCCUCUCAGGGUCCACAGCAACGAGACGCUGGAGUGAGCAGCUGGAGCAGGUGCUAAGCCCUGGGUUGGGCUGCCCACACCCUCCUCAGCCACAGGGCUGAACGCCUGCCCCAGAACAGGAACUGGAAGUCAAAUAUUAUCUGCCCUCGUUUUAACUGCUGAAUUACCUUAGAAGUUUGCAUUUUAUGACUUUGGGCCAAAGAUUAAAUAUUUUCGUAAAAUAAAAAUUUUUCUCAUCUUAAGUCUUCAAACUGUUAACCUGCUAUAAGCAUUUUAUUUUAGUUUCAUAGUUUUAAUUACAUAUAACAUAUGGGUUAUAUUCCACUUUAUUGGAUUUCAUGUUUGAGAAACUAUUGUCUUGAAUCUUGACAUGAAUUUGCACUGGAACUGUUGCAACAAUGCCAUUGGCUUUGAGAUAGACUCCCGAGCCCCUCAGGGUGUGCCCUUCGGCAGCCCUUUGCAUUGACAUCUGCACUCUGAGAUGGUUUGGGGGAGACCCAGGAGCACUAGUCUUCUGCAGCCCGGGCCUUGGCGCUCCCGUGGCGGGACCCCUGGCCCCAGCAUGAUCCUUUAGGGAGCUCAUUGUUUCCUUCCGACUUAAGCAAUAGGGUGUUCAUGUUUUUACUGGUGAGAGGAGUUGGUCUUUGGCUCACAGCCAUUUUCUCCAUGGGCUGGUAUUCCUGUCUUGCUUUCAUGAGACUAGAGCUCUGUGAGGGUUGGAAUUUGGGUCUGUUUUGUUGUCUGCUGGGUCACCAGCAUUGGGAUCCAUGCCUGGUAUACAUAAUAGGUGCUCAAUAAAAAUGUUCAAUGAAUGCA